UGGACACACCAUGGCGUAGUAGAGCUCUGUGUGACAGGCUAGCAUCAGAAAAACAUCUCCGGACAGACGCGUCUGCGCACUGAUAUCGGCUGCCAGCGACGGCGGGGCGAGGAAUAAGGAUGGGGUCCCGAAUAAAGGAGAGCCCGGAGUCCACGUUUGAGGCGUAUCUGGAGGUUUCCCAUCCAGGCACACACAGCUCCAAGCCGGAGGUGCGGAGGCAGUUCCCUGAAGACUACACAGACCAGGAAACUCUUCAGACUGUGCCCAAGUUCUGUUUCCCCUUCAGCAUGGACAGCCUGACAGUCAACCAGGUCGGACAGAACUUCACUUUUGUCUUGACUGACAUUGAGAGCAAACAGAGAUUUGGUUUCUGUCGCCUGUCCUCAGGUGCACACACCUGCUACUGCAUUCUCAGCUACCUGCCCUGGUUUGAAGUCUUCUACAAGCUGCUUAAUAUCCUGGCAGAUUACACUAUCAAAGGCCAGGAAAGCCAGUGGCAGGAGCUCCUGUUAUCACUACAUGAGCUCCCCAUCCCUGAGCCGGGGGUCCCGGUUCAUCUUGGUGUGCAUUCCUUCUUCACUGUGCCUGACACGAGGGAACUCCCCAGCAUACCUGAGAACAGAAACCUAACAGAGUACUUUGUAGCAGUAGAUGUCAAUAACAUGCUUCAUCUGUACGCUAGUAUGCUUUAUGAACGUCGAAUCCUCAUCUGCUGUAGCAAACUAAGCACUUUAACAGCUUGUGUCCAUGGGUCUGCAGCCAUGUUGUAUCCAAUGCACUGGCAACAUGUUUACAUUCCUGUCCUGCCUCAGCAUCUCUUAGACUACUGCUGUGCCCCAAUGCCCUAUCUCAUCGGAGUACAUUCCAGCCUGAUGGAGAAAGUCCGAGGGAUGGCUCUGGAUGAUGUGGUGGUCCUGAAUGUGGACACAAACACCCUGGAAACCCCCUUUGACGACCUCCAGAGCCUGCCCAACGAUGUGGUGUCGUCUUUAAAAAGUCGCCUGAAGAAGGUUUCCACGACAACGGGGGACGGCGUGGCUCGAGCCUUCCUCAAGAGUCAGGCGGCUCUGUUCAGCAGCUACAGGAACGCUCUGCAGAUAGAGUCGGGAGAGCCGAUAACAUUUAAUGAAGAAACCUUUGUGAAUCAUCGCUCCAGUGCCAUGAGACAGUUCCUGCAGAACGCCAUUCAGCUGCAGCUCUUCAAACAGUUCAUUGACGGCCGUCUGGACCUGCUGAACUCGGGGGAAGGUUUCAGUGACAUCUUCGAGGAGGAGAUCAACAUGAGUGAAUACGCAGGCAGUGACAAGACCUACCACCAGUGGCUGUUCACUGUGAAGAAAGGGGGCGGGGCUAUCUUCAACACAGUGAAGACCAAGGCAAACCCGGCCAUGAAGACCGUUUACAAGUUUGCUAAGGAUCACGCUAAGAUGCGUAUAAAGGAAGUGAAGAGCCGCUUGAAGCAGAAGGAGCAGGCGGAGAACGGCCUCUCUACCGGAGGAUCCGCAGUCAUCGAUGAUGACGGCUCAGCGGGCGUUACCUCCUCCACCGGUGCAGUCAGGAGGGAGGGGCCACUGCACACCUGGGAUGACCACAGGCCAAUCACCGUGCACUUCGGACAGGUUGGCAGAAAUGAUCCUGAAAUGGCGCGGCCCCCCAUGUUGUUGAAGAGACCGAGCAGCAAUGUGAGUCUGGAAAGCAGCGUUGACCACUCUAUCCGUCCCACUCGUCACUACACAGUCUUUCUCUCGGAGGAUUCGUCCGGAGACGAGCUCCAGUACGACGAGGACUCCAUCUCUGGGUUUCCUGACAGCUUUCUCUUCUCCGUCCCUUUUGAGUGGUCGCCUCUGCCACAGCCGUACCGCUCCCUGAAGGAGGUGGAGUUGAUAGAAGGGGAUGAUCCUGGUUUUGGGGCAGAGAGUCACACUGCCCCCCCCAGCCCAGUCAACGAAAAGUUCUCCAACAUCAACCUGCUUGGCGAUAUCUUCGGCUGCCACGACGAGCCCGACAGCCAGCCGAUGACCUUGGCUAAAAGCCUCGAGGACCUGAGGACCCCCAAAGACCCUGGGGAGCUACAAGCCAAGUUUACCUACCAGCGGAUGGACCUGAGUGUCGGCGAACACUCGCGAACGCUGCCGGGCCUCAAGCUCUCCAACCCUUACAACAAGCUGUGGAGCGUAGGCCAGGAUGAAACCGCCUUGCCUGUUUGUGCGCCCCCUCCCUGUGACAGACCUCCGUCUGUCCAGCUUCCUGUGCAGCCAGAAGCCCACUCCCCAAGCUGUGAAAUCUCUGGCCUGUGCCCCGACCCUCUGGAGCCCUCCACCCCCGGCAACAUCACCAUUCCACGUCCACACGGAAGAAAGACGCCCGAGCUUGGCACGGUCCUCGCGCCACCGGUGGCCCAGUCACGCUCUAAAGCAGCAGGAGCCAGUGAGGGAAGGACUACAUUAGGGGGGCAAGAGUUCAGGCAAGCGCUGAGCAUGACUACAGAUGAAGACCUGCUGAAGCCCAGCAGGGACAGUAUAGAUCUGAUUAGCCUUCUAGACCCCCUCAACAUCUCAGCAGAGACCAGCUCCACUUCACUACAUGACGGGGUAGAUAUUGGUAUGUCGUCCUCUUCCUGCAAACCAACGCUACCCCCCAGGUCGUACCCACAGGGCUUGCCUCCUUACCCGGUGCACCCUCACAUAUCACUCAACCCCUUUGCCCAGUCUCUGCAGCACACCUCCUCUCACAUGCACUACUCACCGACUGUCAGGGGGAACCCCUUCAGUGCAGUCUGUGGGCCCCCACCAGGCUCCUACCUACACACUCCACAGCAGCCACAGUCCUUCUCCACACUACCAGGGCUCUACAGACAGCAUUCACCGGGCAGUUCCACCCUGCCGCCCAGCUACGGACUGCUCCAGUCGACCUUCCCCUCCUCGGUCACCUCCCUGCCUCCCUCCUCUGCUAGCAAUCACGCCCUUUCCAGCCUGGCAGACUCCAUGUCUGCCCCCCCCACAGCCAUGAACCCUCUGGCAAAGCCGCUUCGUGCUGAGGGCGACAGCCAGAAGAGUCAGGAUCCCUUCGGGGACCUGCUGACUAUGGCCAAGCCCGCAACACCACAGAAAAAGAAGGUGGAGGACCUUCGGAGGAGGUGGGAGACAUUUGACUAAAACCUGUGAAUAUGUGUUGAGGUGCUCGUCUCUGUCACUACGCAGACUUCCCUUACUACUGUAUCAGGACCUUCUGUUGCAGUUACUGACACAUUAGCUCUGAAACACUCUGAGUUUGUUUUGUAAGAUUAAAACAUCUGUGGGUUCUGUUUUACUUCAGGUUAUGUAUCAGCAAAGUUUUGAUCAUGGAUUGGAAAGCAGUGAACACCAGAGUUAGUAAAUAUGGUAAAACAUUAGCUAAUUAAGCUUAAAUUGUUUCCCUUACAUGCUACCAGCAACAUUACAGGUGCUUUCAGGCAGUAAACAGCUGCUGAAUUAGGCAGCAGUGGCAGGUAGAGCCUGGAUGUACGGUCCUACUGAUACUCACCGUGUCACCAUGGCAACCAGAGAAGCCAUGCAAAGAAAGAUUAUGCUGGAGGAUCUGAGUUCCCGGAAUCGUACACCCCCUCAGCAGCAGUGAUCAUGGUUAAUGUUAAUGGUGUAAUAUUGCUCACCAUUUCCUCUACAUUAAAGGAGCUAUAUGUAAGUUUUGCUACUGAACCAUAGCUAGCGUUAGCAUUAGCAGCUGUUUACUUACCAGUCUAGAAGAAACACCAAUGUUAACUAUUUUCUUCGACUGAAGUUAGCAUGCUAACCAGCUAGCCCCGGCCCGUCUCCUCACUGUAGCCUCCAGUUUGUCCUGAAGACGUAGCUGCUCACAGGACGUAUUAUAACCUCUUGUAAGGAAAAGGUAUUGUAAGGAAAGGAUGGCUGAAGCUCCUGUCAGGUAACAGUCACCUGCUCCACCAGCCCCUUUUUUUUCUUUGCCAUCCAUCUGAAGUGUAUAACCAUCAUGUCGCGGGGCGGCAGAGGCAGUGGCGACCGCUCGCUGUCUUACAGUUCUAAUCCUUAAGAUUUUCAUGAAAUCAUGUCUUCACGUUGAUUCUGUUGAUCUUGAGCAGAUUUUGGGCAACAGCCUUUGAAUGUACUUACAUUCUGUGUUUACCUCUGAGUCUGCCUGUGCUGUGCAGGAUUCACAUUGUGCACCAAUGCAAAAGGGACUGACAGUAGAUUGACACUAUGCACUGGACAUGAUGCAAAGGACAACAAUGGAUCAUUAGUACAGUUUUCUAAUAAACUGUACGGAAGUCAGUCAACAGAUGUUGUUGACUAGUAAACAACCAAAUCAACCAGGACUGAACAGUUCUGAAACUUAAAAUCACUUUUAUUACCAAAACACAGUUUGUGUGUGGUGCACUGAUGUAUGAUGAACUGUUUACUGUGCUGUUUUUGUUCUGGACUGCAAUGACAUGAUUUUCUUCUUCUCUUGUACAAAUGUGCAGAUUAAUCAGAGAUAAUGUGUUAUUAACUGCAACAGAAGCUCCUUGUCCUGUAGGUAGGAACGGUCAUGUGGUGGAAGGCCACACACACACACACACACACACACACACACACACACACACACACACACACACACACACAUCUCCCCUCCCUACUACUAUCAGACCUGCUGAAGACAGACUGUGUCUGGAGAACAGAUGGAGAGUGAGUGAGGACCGUCACCCCGGCCCGACAGCAUUUGGACUCCACUCGUCUGAAUUUUGGAUAUUUUGUGUUUCAUUUUCAUUUUCCUCUACCGAGGAACGCCGACCUCGCUUCAAGAUGCUCAGAUGCCAACACUUCUCAGCCUGUUGCCACUUCGCUAAAAGAUCUGCUGACACACUUCUUUGCACAGCACCCUCACAUGUCACCACACGUCACAGUGCUCAGUGUAGAUCAGUUAUAGAUUUGUGACUUAAAUAGCACGCAGUAUUUCCUGAGAGAGGACGUACGUCACACAACAGCAUAAUGAUGUCAGCCUCUAUGAUUAGCUUGUCUUAUUGCCAGUAGCUAGUCUGCUAUAGUCAGCUAACAUCCUAAUAGCAUCAUGCUACAGCUACAAACCAUGGUGCACCAGAGUCAUUUAGCUCACCUGUUGAUGUUUUAGCUUCAUGCACAGUGCUGUUGUUCUUUCUUUUGUUUUGUGGCCUUCAUGAUCGACCUCCUGCCUCCAACAAACUCGACUGUCCCUGAUGAUUUUAAACCUUUCUGUCUGAUUUAAAAAAAAUUAAAUAUGUGGGGACCUGGAAACACUAUGGUAUAUUCUGUUGUUUUAAAGGAUUCUGCUGACAUAUGCACUCUAUUUCCGUCUGUCCGUUUUUGCCUUAGUCCAGCAUUACUCUGUGUGUGAUGACAGUGAUGGCGAAUGAGUUGUAGGCUUUAUGAUGUCCACUGUUCGUAAAGCAGAAAUAAAGGUUCUCACAGUUUUC